CCCGAUCUCCCCUUGCCCUCGCAACUAGAAGCGCACCCCAACCCCUUUCCUUCCUUCCUCCAUCCCCUGCUCCAGUCCUCCUCCUCUCGGCCAGCCAUGGCGCUCCUCACCGAUCUCCUCAACCUCGACCUCUCCGACUCCACCGAGAAGAUCAUCGCCGAGUACAUAUGGAUUGGUGGAUCUGGCAUGGAUCUGAGGAGCAAGGCCAGGACCCUCUCCGGUCCGGUGACCGAUCCCAGCAAGCUGCCCAAGUGGAACUACGACGGCUCCAGCACCGGCCAGGCCCCCGGCGAGGACAGCGAGGUCAUCCUCUACCCACAGGCUAUCUUCAAGGAUCCAUUCAGGAGGGGAAACAACAUCCUUGUCAUGUGCGAUUGCUACACUCCAGCUGGCGAGCCAAUCCCCACCAACAAGAGACACGCCGCUGCUAAGAUCUUUAGCAACCCUGCUGUUUCUGCUGAGGAGCCAUGGUACGGUAUUGAGCAGGAGUACACCCUCUUGCAGAAGGAUAUCAACUGGCCUCUCGGAUGGCCCGUUGGUGGGUUCCCUGGUCCUCAGGGUCCUUACUACUGCAGUAUUGGUGCUGACAAGUCAUUUGGGCGUGAUAUUGUUGACUCCCACUACAAGGCCUGCCUCUAUGCCGGCAUCAACAUCAGUGGCAUCAACGGGGAGGUCAUGCCCGGACAGUGGGAGUUCCAAGUUGGCCCAUCCGUUGGCAUUUCUGCUGGUGACCAAGUGUGGGUUGCUCGCUACCUUCUUGAGAGGAUCACUGAGAUUGCCGGAGUCGUGGUCUCGUUCGACCCCAAGCCCAUCCCAGGAGAUUGGAACGGCGCCGGUGCCCACACAAACUACAGCACCGAGUCCAUGAGGAAAGAUGGCGGGUUCCAGGUGAUCGUGGCCGCCGUGGAGAAGCUCAAGCUGAGGCACAAGGAGCACAUCGCCGCCUACGGCGAGGGCAACGAGCGCCGCCUCACCGGCAAGCACGAGACCGCCGACAUCCACACCUUCAGCUGGGGUGUCGCAAACCGCGGCGCGUCGGUGCGCGUGGGCCGGGAGACGGAGCAGAACGGCAAGGGCUACUUCGAGGACCGCCGGCCGGCGUCCAACAUGGACCCCUACGUCGUCACCGCCAUGAUCGCCGACACCACCAUCCUCUGGAAGCCCUGAAGCAAGCAAGCAGCACUCCCAAAAGCUCAAAACAACAAAGCUCCGGUCGCAGCGUUGAUCAGUGGGUUGUGUUAAAUUUGGUGGGGGUGGCCAUGGGAGGAUUUGGGCGAUUUACAUUCUGUGCUGGGACAAAAAAUUCUUCCAAGACACAUUUCCUUUCCUUUCCGUCUGGUUGCAUGCAUACUAUUACUCCUACAUUUUAGUUAGGUGCCAAGUCUCUUUUUCUCAUCUUUGGGGUUGACGACGAUGGGGGGUGGCAAGAUGUUGUGUGUCAGAAACAUUAUCGUUUUUCCCUUGCCGUUUGGGUGCUCUCGUGUAAUCUACAUCUUAUCAAUAACAAUAAUGGCCGUUUGGGUGACCCACAUCUUA